AUGGAUCAGAACCGUCCGCCUCCGCGUCUUCGGCCACUGACUCGGAAGUGCCUCUUCGGUCGUCCGGAUCCCGAGGAGACGCGCAAAUAUCUGGAAGACGCGCUGGCGGAAAUCCACCAGGAGCACGCCAAGCGACUGGCCGAAAAGUAUGGCGACUGGGAGCCCGUCGUGGCCAAAGAGGUCCCCACCUUUUACAAGAAAGUCCGUGGCCAGCACCGCUACCGGGACGACGACGGCACGGAGCCGCUUUUUGCACAGCACGCUCCCUCCCUUUCGCCGAAGAAACCGGAAGGCUCGCGGGCUGCUCAGGCUGUUGUUGAGGCACAUGAUCAAAAUUCGAAUCCGGCCCGCCCGUCCACCUCGCUGCCGUCGCCGGCCAAAAAGUCGAAGAUGGAUCAUCAGCCAGUGGCCGUGCCAAGUUUCCCUGGACCCUCUAGGUCGUUGACCCGCAGCUUCUCGGCGGCGCUGAGGGUGAGCGCCCCGGAUGUUUCGAUGAAUGGCGACGGCGAUUCGGGCUCUCAAAAAAGCGCCAAAACCAAGUCGAAGGAGAAGAAGCUGCUGCAGCCUUGCCUUACUAAUUACCUCAUCACCCAGCGGCGCUCAACCCCGCGCAAGAAGAACGAAAAGCCGAACGAUGGCCCGAAGCGCAUGGACGUUGCGGACUCCCCGGCCAGCCCGCUGAGAUUUGUCGACGAGCAGACGAACAAGACGAUAACGCGCCCGGCCACUCGCACGCUCGGCGUUACCAAGCCCGCUCAGGGCAGUCCUCGCAAGGGUGAGCCUUUCCAAGAGCGCCUCGAUGCCCCGCGUCGCGCGCACCCGGACCGGCAAAUCGGCCACCGCUUCGAACGAGGAUUAGGGCUUCACCAUCUACCUCAACCGGCCGCUCAUCGUCAAACACUCUGUGAAGAAACUAAUUAU